AUGUGGACAAGUCGAGUGCUGAGGUUGCCGCGAAAACCAUUCUCCGAACUCGACUACGCCCGCCAUAUGCCCGAGGAAUACGUCAAAAAUGUGCAACGUGUCGUCCCGAGAAAAGUCUGGGGAGAAAGGUUUGGCGCUCCACCAAUUGUGAGAUGGAUGGUCCAUCCGGAUGACGCAGUGCCUUCAAGCAAACGGCCUUGGGAACAAGACGAACUUCAGGCUUCGCUGAAACGACAGAAUAAAUAUCACGAGAAGAAAGUAUCGAGAAAAUUCUUGGAACUCCGGCACUCGCAAACGAAACAAAUCUCUGAUCAAGAUUGGACAUUCUUCAUGGGAGAUCAAGUAGAGGUGUUGGUUGGAAAGGAUAAAGGGCGGCAAGGCACCAUUUCUCGUGUGAAUCGAGCCACGAAUGAGGUUUAUGUUGACCAAAUGCACGCGAAAUUGGUGACAAAGUUUAGUGACGACGAACUGAAACGAUUGGGAGUCUCACAAACUCUUAUUUGGGAAGAACAACCGCUUUCCGUCGAGAAGGGACAAGUGAAACUCGUUGAUCCAAACGAUAACCAGCCAUGUAACGCUAGUUGGAAACUGAGUAAAGCCGGCGACGAAUGGGUUCGUGUCUCGGAGCGAACCGGCUUCGAAAUACCGAUCCCAACUCAAGCCGAAAUGACAUAUGAUUACGCUCAAGCCGAAAAGUAUAUAGACGUCGAGGGUAAAGACACGCCCGCUGAUGAGGUUCUCCGCAUCACAUUCAAACCAAAAUUGAUGGCUUUUGAAGAAGAAAUAAUGGAAUCAUUUGGAAUCAAGGAGAAUCGACAAAGAAAGCCGACCUAUUGGUAC